AUCCUUGGUCUCAUUUAACUUCAGUAAUUAUUUACAGAUUUAUCUUCUUCCUCUGAAAGCGACCAAAAUAACCUCCAAAAAUUCAUGAAAAACCACUUUUGUGUACAAAUCACCAUGGGUUUCACGAUGCUCCUCUCACUUCCAUGAAAGAAAAAUACACAUCACCUCUUCUCUCCUUUCGCUCACGAAUUCUUGCAAGUUUAAGGUACUUUGAUCAAGUUCCAAGCCAUUGGUACUGAAGAUGGGCUCGAUGAUCACAAUCACUGAGUUUCCCGAUGGCAUGUGGCACUACGAUCCUGUAUCCGGAUCUUUCAUGAUGGGUCCUUUUGUAACCCAUUCUUAUUUCUUUAAUCAUCCAUUUGCCAUACCUCUUAUGAGCCCCCUGUUCAAUCCAUUGAACCCUUUUGGUGAUGGCAUCGGAUUCCCAGUGCCGAUAGUAGUUCCGAUGGGACCGCCUCCUCCUGGGUUUGGACCACAGCCCCCUCCUGGAUUUGGAGGUCCUGCCCCUGAAGUUGGGCAGCAGCCACCUGCUUCUGUGCCUGAGCAGCCUCCACCUGCUGAUGAUGACCAAAUUGCGCCCGACGCCGAUGGGCAUAUCUCUAGUCCGGAGAGUGGUUUAUCUAAUAUUACUGGUUCAAGUGCUGAUGACUAUGGGCAGGUCCCCAGUCCACUUCACUAAAGACUGGUUGAUGCAAACUUUUUGGUUACUGAUGCAGGAUAGGAUAGUGGCGCUGUUUUCCCUCUGCCUUCACUUUCCAUGGGCUUAGGUCUUAUCUUUUGAAUAGCCCAUCUUGGAGGGAAUAGGACGUUAUUCUACUUCAUAUAGCCGAAGUCCGAAGUCCUGCAUAGGGUCUGCUGCUGCGUUGGUCGGACGGCGAAAUCUAACUGAUAUUUUGGGUAAUUCUACAUAUAAUGCUAUACUAAUGAAUUUGUGGUACUCUAUAUAGCUAUGGUGUGUAUGCUUCCUUAUAAUGGCGCUGAGACAACAUUGUGAUUUGUAGUGCAGAUGAUGUUGUUGAAACUUAUAUGACAUCUCAGUUAUAUUA